CAUAAGUGUACGGUACCGUUACGUAUGACGACAAAAGAGGAAAACAAAAUACCGCAAGGAAAACAAACGACAUCUAAUUCUGUGCUUGUUUGAWUGUUUGUUCGCAGGUUUGUGUAGGAGAAACCAGAGCUAGCCACCACCAUCGACACAAGCACASAAGGCAACCGCUACCGCAUGGCACCCCGUCACACCUCGCAUUCUGUUCGAAAGGCCGAUCGACUGAAUCCUUCCUCCCACGGCCCCAUGGCUUCGCGGAAAAACCGCAGGCAGUCGAAAGCGGCGAGCGACGAGGAUUCCAGGCGUCUCUUUGUCCCCGGCAUUGGCCCCCGCCGCCCUCGCCCCGCACCGGCCUUGUCCCUCCGGAAUUUGUGGCCKCUGCGCAAGCGGAGAAACGGAUCGGCCGGGGCGGCGGCGGGCGUUKGGCUCCUCGCCCUGUUCUCGCUGCUGCUGGCGCUCUGGAACCACCGGACACGGGGAGAGUWCGGGUAUCGCCUGGGCAUGCUCGCUCCGGGAAGCGGGGGGCACCCGUUCCCCGGUGUUUGCUCGCACCAGGUACUGAAUCCCCCGGUUGCGCGUUCCGGUGGGGGCCAGGCCUCCCCCCUCUCCCCCGCAGAGGGAUCCCUCGAMGCCAUGACCGCCCUGUGGGACACCGGUGGCGUGUCCUGUUUCGACAUCGACGUCGUCACCCUGUCGGACGGGAGCAUGGUGGCCUCGCACCCGAGGCGGCUGAACGCGGCCAUCGAACGGGCCCGUCUCGAGCGAAGUGCCGAGGGGAAGGACGGCCGGGCCCUCGAGGAACACACCCUGGGUUCCAUUCGGGAGUUGCUGGGUCUGCGGAAAGGGGACGAGAACGGCAACCUCCGUAGGGGGGUUGACACSGGGGCGGCCGCCUGCCCGUUUCCCCUCUUCGACGAGGAAGUCCUGCCGCAUUUUGCGGGACURGUCCGMGGAGUCCCCGGRGCGUUUUCUUCGGAGGCCUCGGCCGCSGCCCCCGAGUGGACCAUAAAGGGCCCCAUGCUCAACAUCGAUCUCAAGCAGGGCCCCUACCUGACGGAAGCCAGGGUUUUGAAACUAGCGGAACAAAUCCACACCCUCGGUUUGGAAGACUAUGCCGCCGUUUGUGUCAACCCGCCCCCCGCGGAGAAGGAAACCAGCACCGGUUCUCCUCCCCCACUGGACCUGCUGGAAGUCAUGCACGGCCACAACACGGAGGGCAGRCACAAACGCGAGGGUUCYGGACGAGGGAGACCAACCAUUCCCCUGGCACUGGUUCUCAGGGAUCUGGUUCCGGAAGACGGCGACACCGAUCGGRUUCGAAAGGUGGUGGAAGAACUGUAUCCCGAAAGCAUCCGGUCGCUGGUUCCCUCCUUCAAGUUUCCAAUAGAAUGGUACCGGAGCAUUCGGCAAGGCGGAAAGRACGGAGCGGGAGGCGCCCGAAAAAAUGAGUUGUGGAAGCUUCCCAUGACGGUUUGGACGAUCGAUUCCGCAGAGGACUAUCGAUAUGUUUCUUCCGUMACAAUGGAGGAUGCAACGAGCGGYAKYGGUGUWAACUACCCCCUGGCGUCGGCAGUGGUUGCCAACAAGCCAAUGGAAUUGAUCCGAUAACCGAUCGCUUUUCCGACUGGCGGAUGAGCUGCGGCGCGGUACGAYCCAGCGCCCGGAAGCACUCGUGUUCCUUGAARGAAAUUAACCGCGGGUCCCCGGCAAGCAAACCGAUACUGUGCAACGCCCGGAGUUCGUUCCGCAUUGCGCCAAAGUUACAUCCAUGGUUUGCUUCGUGCUUCAAACCGCAUUCGAAACGACCAAAAAUCAKYAAAGCACCGAGGGAUAUCGAUAUUGAAUGGAGCCAAUCAGUUUCCAUGUCUAUCGAACUAAAUGGAGUUCCAACGUGAGACAACAUCUGCACUAACAGAGAUCACUGCCUCGGCAAUAAGAGUUUCGUAGCCAUGGGAAAUCCUUUUUUUUUAAUACUCUGAAAGGACAGCUAGACGUAAAACAUGGCUUCRAUUGUUGUGAAAGUCGCCGUAAUCACGACAGAAUUAUUAUAGUGAACUUCUUUUAGAAUUUAUCAGAACUCGGCGGGGGAAAAACUGAAGUCCGAAACUUAUAGAGUGUAUUUUUUGUCUUCAAAUCGAGUUUGUCAUCGCGUAAUGGUGCCUUUUUGUUAUGCUUCCAGUUCCAUAGAGUUGUCGUCGCUAACUUUAAUUGUUGCCGUUGCUUUUCUUUCAGUUCCAUUGCCUUCGAUGGCUAAACUCCCAUCUGUGUCMGCGUUGGCUUUCUCUGAAUCAAUUCGGCCUUCGCCGCUCUCCCCGUCGUCUGGUUUCGAGUAGACGCUUGUUCUUCUCACUUCGCGUCUGGCAUUUGUGUAACUUCCAACCAAACAAAGGGCGGCMAAUGAAAGAACGAGGUACACAAUGAGGAUCGCAACAUUGAUCCUCGGUGAAAUUCCUGCUUCACUCAGCAGCGUGUAUACCAGUAGAGGAAGCCAUGAAAGGCAUUGCCCAGCAAACAAAAAUACRCCCAUCAUUUCCGUAUCUUGUCCUUCCGGGAUUAGAGCAGCGCCAAGCAAUUUGUCCAUGCUGUACUUCCAUCCACCGCAAAACCCAAUCAAAGCGACAAUCGCGUAUGCUCUCUUCGUUUGACCGACUCCAGACAAUACAGAGACGAACAACACAAUAACUAGCAUCAUAGAAACCAUGUUAAUCCUAGCAGAUCGGAUCGGGUCUAAUCGUGUUGCAAAGAUCUUGGCGACCACUGCACCCGGUACACUACCAGCCAAUGURAUGAUGAUAGUAAUUGAAGUCUGGAGUSCGUUGAGCUUCAUGAAAUCAGUAAAAUAUGUUACUGUGU